AUGCCUCUCUCCCACUCCUCCUUGAUAACGCCGUGUCUCUGGUUCGACCAUGAAGGCGAAGAGGCGGCCAAGUUCUACACGAGCAUCUUUCCCGAUUCGGAGAUUGGCCAGGUUUCUUAUUACACCGAGGCCGGACAUGACCACCACCAUCAACCCGCCGGCAAAGUCCUGACUGUCAACUUCACGCUCUCGGGGACCCCCUUCCUCGCCCUGAACGGCGGUAGUCCCGACCCAAACCCCGACUCUAACCUCAACUUCAAAUUCACCGAAGCCAUCUCCUUCCAGAUCGACUGCAAGGACCAAGACGAAGUUGACUACUACUGGAGUAAGUUGCUGGAGGGAGGUGGAAAGGAAGGCCAUUGUGGGUGGUUGAAGGAUCGGUUUGGGGUAAGUUGGCAGGUUGUGCCAGUGCAGUUGAAGGAGUGGCUUGGCGGGAAAGGGAAUGGGGAGGGGGGUAAGAGGGCAAUGGAGAGGAUGAUGGGAAUGGUGAAAUUGAAUAUCGAGGGGUUGAGAAAGGCGUAUGAGGGGACUGGGUGA